AACGGACGUGUUUCUUCUAUGCAAGACGUCAUGAACGUGCGACUCCGGUCUCUUAGCAACGGAGAGAUGCGUCCACCAUGGCAAAGAGGGAGCCCCUGCUCCUGUUGCUGAUCCUGUUGUCGCACUCGCGGUGGGGAGAAGCUGAGCCCGAAGACGAAAACGGCACUCUGAGGGCCGAGGAAGUUCCCACAGCGGAGGCAGGCCCCAGCGAGGCGCCUGAAGUCCAAAGGGAAGGGACGCCCGAACCCACCGCUGUUUCGCCGGGGAUAGCUCGGGGCUUUUUAUCAGUCUGCCCCUGUGACUUGCACCCAGGUUUCUGCGACCUGAACUGCUGCUGCGAUACAAGCUGCGGGCCAGAAUGCAAUUUUGGGGGUCCCGAGUGCCCCUUCUCUUUCUGCCUUCCAGGCAGCACGAGGGCUGCAAGCCACGUGUGUUUAGAAAAUUCUCUCAUUUUCCAAAACAACACUCCUUAUCACACCGAAAUCCUUCCUUGUCUGGAUGGUUGUGCGUUGCUCUUCUGUGUGCAGCUAAAUGAUUCAAAGCUAAACUAUUGGCAGCAGCCUCAAGUGGUUACAGAGACAAACUUUCCAGCACUUUCAGCACAAUAUGGAGGGUCAUCAUUCAUCUUCGCAGAACAAGUUCAGUCAUCUCCAUCUGCCUUUUAUCGGGUGGGGGAUCCAAUUCAGACUUACUUUGCUGCAUCAUCCAUAAUGAGUGUUCUCAAACAGCCAACAAACAUGGGACCAAGUCAACUCUGCAUUGAUGAGAAUCCCACUGCCUUCCUGGAGAGUAAAUGCACAAGUUGUAUACGGAUCCUUACUGAUUUGAUAAGUAGCUGUACCACUGACCCUGCAUUAGAUGCUGUUUCCUACUAUCAUGACUUUACUGUGCUGAAGGUCCCGGGCAACUUUACCAUGUUUCAGUCCAGACAGGUCAACAUCACACCUCUUUCAGAGCCUGCCUCUCCCUCUCUGGACGGCAACACAUGCUACAAUGUUGUUUCUGAGGUGAUCUAUGAGAUUGAGUUCAGUGGAAUCCAUGGAAUUCAGAACGUUUCUGUCCAGUUCAGAAUGGUCAAUAUAUCUGGGAACCCAGGGUGUACACUGCAACAGCACUUUUCUCUGCAUUUUGGGAAUAGGAAUCCUUCUUUUACCAAACGGAGAAGUGGGAAUCCUGGCUACAUCAAGAGAGCACCACUAAUAGCCCUAUACAAUAGCACCCAGCAGCCUAUAACCAUUCUGCAGAAUCAAGGUGAUGGCCACUGCUCAGCAACUGAAAGAUAUAUGAUAGGGUUUGGAGAGAAUGUAAGGACAAGCUGCCAGUUCAGUAUGCCUUUCAACCUGGAAGAAGCAAACUGUAGCCAUUUGCAGGAGAUACUGUAUCAGGCCUUCCAAUGGGUGCAUAGUCCAGUGAGCUUGGCCAUAACUGGCAACGCUAACCCAGCCCAUCCCGAAGAGUGGAACAUAGUCUUCUAUCAGAAGUGCAGCAUGCAGGAUGAGCACUGUAUGCUUCCUAUCUCUCUGGAGAUCCAAGUGAUGUGGGCUCAGGUGGGCCUCCUGUCUAACCCACAAGCUCAAGUAUUAGGAGGACGGUACUAUUACCUCUGCAAACCUCUGAAGUCCUUCAUCGCAUCAAUGAACAUGUUGCCUUUGACAACUACAGUUGCCUUCACUGACGUUACCAAAUGGCCAGAUCCUCCACGUGGUCAGCCUAAAGUCUCUUGGAAGCUACCAUUUGAUUUCUUCUUCCCUUUUAAAGUGGCAUUGAGCAGGGCUAUGAGCAGUUCAGGCAGCUUAGCUUGCAUUUUGUUUAUUUCCUUAAUGUUGCAUGAAAUAGGUAUCUCAUGAAACAAAGAGACACCCCUCAAACAGGAGGAAGAGUCAUAUGCUAUGGUGUAACCCAGAAUCAGAAGUACUAGUCUUCUGGAU